GGCAGUAGAUGCAGAGCCAUCAGGAGGAGCCUCAUGAGCCACCAGCAACAGCCUCCUCCACCCCCUCGGCCACCACCCCCUCUAUACUUCCCCUCCCUCUAUGACCGAACCACACAGAGUACCACCCUUGCUGAUUGCAGCCUUUGGAGGAAGCUCUUUGUGCCACUGCGAGGAGGGGAAACAGGGUCAGCUGGGCCUCAGAGACCUCCACCUGGGCUUGGACUCCUCCCACCCGCCAAUGAGCGCUGCUGCCCACCCCCCUGGCCAGCUGGUCUGGCCCCCAUCCCCUAUGAGCCAUUGCGCUUCUUCUGUCCUGCUGCUGAGAGCACACCCCAGCGUGGAAGUGGGGCACAUCAGCAGCAACAGCCAGAUGGAGAGAUCUGUGAGCUUGGCAUCCGCCUGAAGGAGCUGGAGCUGCUGGCACUCACUGGGGACGGCUCAGACCCACAGCAAUAUAAGCUUCUGAAGGCACUGAAAGAUGAAAAGACGCAAGAUGUAAUGACAGGACUGACUCUGAAGAAACAUUUGCCGGCAUCAUGAGGGCUAUUUACGUCUAGCCUCACCUUCUUCUAAUGGACUCAUUUGUAUUAUGCAUGCUUCUAAUGACUCUUCCUUUUUAAUCCUACACUGCCAAAGUGGAAUUUUCCAACUUAUUCUUCAAUUAGCAUUUUGUACAUUUCCCCAAUACUAAUAUACAUUUCAAAUACAAA